CGGGGCUCAUAUCGUGGGGUUGAUGUCGCUCUGAAAAGAAUUCGUAUACCACUAUUGGAGAGUAAGGAAUGGAUGUUGAGACAAGAAGCCCUCAUCUGGAGAAGUCUGAAACAUCCAAACGUCUUGCCAUUCUACGGAGUGGAUCGAGUAUCGCUCACGUAUCCAUUUUUGGUGUCGCCCUGGCUACGACGCGGCAGCUUGUCCAACUAUAUGAAGCACACCUCUGCGCAACUGGAUCAUGCAUCCCUUAUCGGGAAGAUAUGCGACGGAUUAGAGUACCUUCAUUCUCGAGAUGUUGUUCACGGGGAUAUCCGAGCGGGAAAUGUCCUUCUUACCAACAAUAUGGAGCCUCGUCUAGCAGAUCUUGGCCUCGCGACCCUCUCAAAUGCGACUGCCAGCGCCAACCCCAAUGACACGCCAGGCAGCACGCGAUGGAUGGCUCCGGAGCUAUUGAGAGCAGGCCAGCCUCACUCGAAGGAAAGUGAUAUCUACGCCGUCGGGUGUACCAUCAUAGAGCUCUAUACGCGCAAACCCCCGUUCUCCGACAUCCCGCUCGACCUGAGGGUGAUGAUCAUGGUCUAUGAAGGCCAGAGGCCACAUCGGCCGUUGGCGGGGCAAUGCAUCGGGCACCCCAUGACGGAUGAUGUAUGGCGCCUUGUUGACAGUUGCUUGUCAUCCGAGCCUAGAAAAAGGCCGCUACCCGCCAUGGUUCGUGAUCGUCUAGCUAGCAUGCAGACCCAGCCGAUCAUUUACUGA